UACCUCCAAACACCCAUGUAUUUCUUUAUUAAACAUUUGGCUGUUUUAGACAUGUGUUUUAUCUCAACAAUAGUUCCAAAAUUGUUGGCAAGCCUCAUUUCAAAAUGGUCCACAAUAUCCUUUGGUGGAUGUGUAAUUCAGCUCUUCUUUUUUCUGGCCUUGGCAGCUACAGAAUCCAUUCUUCUAGCUGCUAUGUCAUAUGACAGAUAUGUGGCCAUUUGCAACCCCUUACGUUAUACUGCUAUUAUGAGCAGAGAGGUCUGCAUACAGCUUUCUACAACCUCAUGGACAAUUGGAGGUGUUUACUCCACUAUUCACACCAUCAACACCUUCAGAUUGCAUUUCUGCAGAUCCAACGUCAUUGAACAUUUCUUCUGCGAUCUUCCACCUUUACUGAAAAUUGCCUGCUCAGACAUCAGACCAAAUCAAAAUAUGAUUUAUGGUAUAGGCGCUGUUUUAAUUUUACCAUGUUUUCCUUUAACACUAGUCUCGUAUGUGUUCAUCUUACGUGCUAUAAUGAGAAUCCACUCUGUAAAAGGACAAAGAAAAGCAUUUUCAACUUGUGUUUCUCAUUUGGUCACAGUAGGGUUGUUUUAUCUUACUGGUAUAUCUGUGUACUUACGGCCUAAAGCCUCUUCCCUUGCUUUAUAUCAAGAUAAAAUCAGUGCUGUGUUCUAUACUAUUCUUGUUCCAAUGGUAAAUCCAAUUGUAUAUAGUUUGAGAAACAAGGAGUUAAAACAAGCAAUAAAAAAGACUCUUACAGGCAGGGGGCCCUUAAGAAAGAUAUAA